AUGGAUUCUUCUCCGUCACGGAGCUCUUUGGCUCCUGUGGCCGGCGUCAAACGACCCGCGUCUCUGUUGCCUGCCUUCGAACCUUUGAGCUCAUCGCCCUCUCUUCCUCGGCCCUCAAAGCGUGUUGCACGCGAACCAGCUGUCUCACUCUAUCCUACACCGGUCCCAACCUCGUCGACACAUAUUAUGUCCUCGUCCCCGCCGCCUGUUACAGCUGCUCGUUCCCCGACGCGUCGAACUUUCUCUGCUACUUCAGAACGAGCUCCUUUGUGUGCCGUGCCUACAUUGAUGCUGCCGGAAAAUGGAGAACCGCUUCUUAUGGGCCGAUCGAGUGCAUCUUGCCAGCAUCAGCUUGCUGCUAGUCGGAUGAUUUCUCGUGUUCAUGUCAAGGCUACUUAUAAACCAGCGCCGAACCCCUUCGAUCGGGAUAGAGUUGAAAUUAUGUGUAUGGGAUGGAACGGAAUCAAGAUCCACUGCCAGGGAAAGAAGUAUGAUUUGGCUAAGGGCAAGACAUUCACUUCGGAUAUCAAAGAUGCGGAUAUCAUGAUAGAUGUGCAUGAGGCUCGAGUUUUGGUGCAAUGGCCUCGUCAUGAAGUUGAUAGAAAGGACUGCCCGUCCACUGAUUCGGAACAGACUUGGGAUGAAGGUACCCCAACCCAAAAAACACAUUCUCGAAGAGUUUUGCAGGAUAGUCCAUUCCCUCAAAACCAACGAUUGGCUUCUCCUGUCUCCCCAUCGCCUGCUGUGCAAAGGACUUUACCGCCAUCGUCUCCCAUUUUCACCCCAUCCCGUUCUCGCGCUGCUGUCGUCGUAUAUGAAGAUGAACCAUCCCCAUUGAAGCGUCAUAAUACUGUUAUUGGCUUGACUUCCCAAAGCGUCCGCCGUGCUAGUGCUAUUCUCCAGAGUGACCUGAGUAGACAUGAAGAGGAUUCUGAUAAUGACGAGGAAAAUGACCCUAUUAUUCACUCCUUUGGUCCGUUUGGCGAGAACUUGCUUCCGCGUUUGGCCUCAUUCCGUGCGGAUGACUCCCCUAUACGCUCUGCACGAUCCCCGCGCAGCCUGCUGCCAGCUCAGCCCCUCCAGCCAACUCUUUCUCCCAGACAACCCGCCAAAACUCAAGAGCCCCAAGAGAGCCGAGAGACGACACCUACUAAGGAGAACCCUCACCCCCACCCUAAUCCUGAUGGUGAAGGCUUUGAGCGUGUUCGUAACCACGCUGUCAACCAAUUGGCAUUCUCUCGAUUGUCCUCUACCCCCUUCUCCACCAUUCUGAACAACCUGCCCCCUUCAUUCUGGCGAUCCAGUGCCAGUGGCUCUGGCCCUUCACGUUCUGAUAUUCGAUUCAUUCUUGAAACCACCAAGUGUAUUGGCAAGGUUGCUCGUGAAGGCAAGGAUGCUGCAGGCAAGCCUCUCGAAAGCGAGUUCUAUUAUGUUCCGGAUGACGAUGACGACGAUAUGCGCCGUGAAACUGUGGUAAAUAACCUAAGGAAGCCCGGUCUCCGCAACUGCCGUAAGCAGCACAAGGUUCGUGUAACUUCCUGA